CCGAGCCGCAGCCGAGCGUGGCGCCGCCCGGGGCCCGGUGCAGCCGCCCAGCCCAGGCCAGGCCCUGCGAGGUCAGCUUUCUACCAGGUGGUUAAGUGGAGCCAAACAUCUCAAGCCCUCAGACCCCACCAGGACAGACCCCGAAGUCCUCCACGGGUCCAUCAGACUUCUUCCGUCCACAACGCUCCUGUGUUCUAGUCCUUACUCAUCUUUCUAUUUCUUCCCACAGUCCCCAGCCCUAGCCAACGUUUUCUUAGAGAAUACCUCAUUUUCUUCCUCCUUGGUGAAUAUAUAUAUAUAUAUUUUUUUUUUUCCCCUCAUUUUCUGCUGGGGCCUAACAAAUGCUAUCCUUCUUGCAUCUUCCCCACUCUGUGUCCCCCCAACCCAACCCAUCUGAACCCUCUGCUGAUAGUUCCUGAGCCUUCUGGACCAUUCCAUGCCAGUGGCAUUUCAUCAUGGCUGCGGUUUACUCCCUAGGACCUUGACCAGCAUCCCACCCAUUGGUGCCUUCACCGCCUCCUUAAUUAACCACCCUAAACGGCCCUCCUCAUCCGAUCCCCCCUGCGCCCGUCAGGUGCAUGACUCCGGCUCUCCAUGGCUUGCCCAGUCACCCCUCUCUGACAGAUCUCUCAGCCCGGCCUUGUUUCCCCCAUCCCUCGGGCCACCUUCUCCUCCCGAGCCCUCCUCGCCGCCGCCCAGCUCAGCCGGGGUGGAUUGCUCCGCGUGCCACCAUGCCGCGCCCCUGAGCCUCCGGAGAGGGGCCCAGGGGACCCGAUGGCCUCCCGCCCCCGGUGUCCCUGCAGCCCCCGGUGGGUCAGGGGGAGAAACGACUGGGACACGCCGGCGCCCAGCAUGGGCAACCGCACGCUGGAGGGCUGCCACGUGGACUCGCGAGUGGACCACCUGUUCCCGCCGUCCCUGUACAUCUUCGUCAUCGGCGUGGGGCUGCCCACCAACUGCCUGGCCCUGUGGGCUGCCUACCGCCAGGUGCGCCAGCGCAACGAGCUGGGCGUCUACCUGAUGAACCUGAGCAUCGCCGACCUGCUGUACAUCUGCACGCUGCCCCUGUGGGUGGACUACUUCCUCCACCACGACAACUGGAUCCACGGCCCCGGCUCGUGCAAGCUCUUCGGCUUCGUCUUCUACAGCAACAUCUACGUCAGCAUCGCCUUCCUGUGCUGCAUCUCCGUGGACCGCUACCUGGCCGUGGCGCACCCGCUGCGCUUCGCCCGGCUGCGCAGGGUCAAGACGGCCGUGGCCGUGAGCUCGCUGGUGUGGGCCACGGAGCUGGGCGCCAACUCGGCCCCGCUGUUCCACGACGAGCUCUUCCGGGACCGCUACAACCACACCUUCUGCUUCGAGAAGUUCCCCAUGCAGGGCUGGGUGGCCUGGAUGAACCUCUACCGCGUCUUCGUGGGCUUCCUCUUCCCCUGGGCGCUCAUGCUGCUCUCCUACCGGGGCAUCCUGCGGGCCGUGCAGGGCAGCGUGUCCACCGAGCGCCAGGAGAAGGCCAAGAUCAAGAGGCUGGCCCUGAGCCUCAUCGUCAUCGUGCUCGUGUGCUUCGCCCCCUACCACGUGCUGCUGCUGUCCCGCAGCGCCGCCUACCUGGGCCGGCCCUGGGACUGCGCCUUCGAGGAGCGCAUCUUCUCCGCCUACCACAGCUCGCUGGCCUUCACCAGCCUCAACUGCGUGGCCGACCCCAUCCUCUACUGCCUGGUCAACGAGGGGGCCCGAGGGGACGUGGCCAAGGCCCUGCACCACCUCCUCCGCUUCCUGGCCAGCGACAAGCCCCAGGAGAUGGCCAGCGCGUCUCUCACCCUGGAGACGCCGCUCACCUCCAAGAGGAGCAGCUCGGGCAAGGCGGGGGCGUCCGGCUGGGUGACCGGGGACCAGGGGCCUCUGAAGAUGCUACUUCCGGCCCACUGAGCCAGGCUGGUCACCCUCCGCCCUCCUCUGCUGUAUGCAAAUUGUAUGUAAAUAAGGUUAAAUUCCUGAGAAUGUAAGAAAAAAGAGUGAGGUCUGCGUGCGGGUCGAUAUUAGCCGUCUUCGUCCAUCGAUCGGGACCCCUGAUGAUUCAGUCUGGCUGGCUGGGCCCGCUGGGAUAAUGACCCAGAGGUGCCCGGUGUCCCUGUGACUUCCCAGAUUCUGCCGCCCUCUGGGGGUCACGGAGGGCUUCCUGGAAGAGGGGCCGAGUAAAUUAUGUCAAAUGUUUGGUUUCCAAAGACGAAGACAAAAGGAGAAGAAAGAUCCUAGCCUGGUGGCACAUCAGUCGUCCCACCUGCUUGGGGACGCUGAGGCAGGAGGAUCCCAAGUUCAAGACCUGCCUGGCUUACAGAGUGAGAAGUUACCUCAAAAGUAAUAAGGGCUGGAGGGAUGGCUUACUGGUUAAGGCGUUUGCCUGCAAAGCCAAAUGACCCUGGUUCGAUUCUCAGGACCCAUGUAAGCCAGAUGCACAAGGUGGCACGUGUGUCU